AUGAAUAAGGAUAUUUUGUGGGCCACCACAAUAGUUGACCAAAAAGCUGAGUUGGAUCAACAAGAGCAGAAACACAAAACACAUGCACAGAAACUGGGAAUUGUGGAUGAUACUAAAAGCCGAAGUGAGAUGAUCAAUUGCUCACUCAAUCAGAGUUUAGCAAAUGUUCAGGUGGAGCAGAGAGUGAGGAAGAGCUCAUCUGAUCUUAGGCAUGAGAUAGUUGAUCUAUUUGGGGCUGAAAAUAUUACCGACCUCCGCUCAAAAAAAAAGUCAAAGAAUAAAGCAACAAUAUCUAGUAACCUACCCGACAAUCAUGUGAGUUCUGUGGAUUGUGAAAGCUUUCUAAAAGCAGCCACAAAUGGAAACCUCAAAGUGGUUGAUAAGUUCUUAGAAGAUGGUGGAGAACCAAACAUAGCUGAUGAGUUUAGAAAAUCAGCACUUCAUAGAGCUGCCUUUGAGGGUCAUGUUAAGAUUGUGGAGCGGUUACUGGAUAAGGGAGCAAACAUCAACUCUCAAGACCGGUUGGCAUGUACAGCUGUGCACUGGGCCUGCAGGGGUGGAAGUCUAGAUGCACUUAAACUCCUGCAGAGCAGAGGAGCUGACUUAGAAGUCAAAGACAAACUUCUGAGCACUCCGUUACAUGUGGCCACCAGAACGGGCCACUGGGAGGUUGUGGAGCAUCUUGUGUCCAGUGGUGUGCAGAUUAAUGCUAAGGAUCGGGAGGGUGAUACUGCGUUGCACGAUGCUGUAAGACUGAACCGAUACAAAAUUGUCAAGUUACUAAUAAGGGCAGGAGCAGACAUGAAGAUUAAGAACGCUGCAUGUGUGACGGCAACUGAGCAGGUGAAGAUGUGGCAGUGUGACACGAAGGAGAUGCUAGAGAAACUGGAGGAGAUGAAAUAA